CAGCGUGGAAAAUAGCUGUGGCAGUCUGAAUAGAAAAUUAGACGAAUUAGUACAACGGAGAGAGAAAAUCUGAAGGAAACCAACUCCCUUUUCUUUGUUCUUGGCUGAAAUUUCUCGACACUGCGCGGAGUGGGAGUGAAGUGGAAGAGAGGCUUAGCUUGGGAAUUUCCGAUUGCACGAGGAUCUCUCCCCUUCGCCUGUCCAGCGUUGAUAUCUCACGGACAACUUACCCCAAAACCCGACAGCACAGCCACGUUUCCCGUGGGUAAGCACCAGGGUGAGCAAAGUCAGGAGACACCAGAGAAAAUGUCGACGACAGAACGAUCGGCGGCGUCCAGAAGACGGGAAGAAAAUGGUGGCGGAGAGUUCGAGGCCUGCAGCAUAAACCGAAGCCCCGCUUCCAAAACAAACAAGGCGAUGACCACCAGUUUAAAAAGAAUUCAGAAGGAGUUGGCAGAGAUCACGCUGGAUCCUCCCCCCAACUGCAGUGCCGGACCAAAGGGAGAUAAUAUGUACGAGUGGGCAUCAACCAUCCUGGGACCCCCAGGCUCAGUAUAUGAGGGAGGGGUCUACUUUCUUGAUAUUCAUUUCCCUGCCGAAUACCCCUUCAAACCACCAAAGGUGACAUUCCGCACAAGGAUCUACCACUGUAACAUCAACAGUCAGGGAAACAUCUGUCUGGACAUUCUCAAGGACAACUGGAGUCCAGCUCUGACCGUCUCCAAGGUCCUUCUCUCCAUCUGCUCGCUCUUAACAGACUGUAACCCCGCUGACCCCCUGGUGGGCAGUAUCGCCUCUCAGUACCAGCAGAACCGCAGCGAGCACGACAGAGUCGCUCGUAUCUGGACCAAACGCUUCGCAACGGGACUGCAGGACGGCAGUUGAUCAAAAAGGCAAGCGUAAUGUGAACCACAUCAUCAACCAAAUCUCAUCAGGGCUUUAUUUAUUCAUGUCUUCAGGAUUGUGUGAAGGAAGAGAAUGUUUUGAGUCAUCAAGUAUAAAGCGUCUGACUCUAGUGUUACCAGUGUGAAGGAAGGAAGGAAGGAAGGGAGGGUCUAAGCAAGAGCACUCCCCUGUGUUAGAGGAGCAUUUAGUACCAGCUGCUGAUUGUAGAAUUAUCAUCAAGGAAAAAAGAUAUCCUAUCUACCAAUCAGAUUGCAGAUAUGCCUGACCUUCACCCUGGCAAAUGUUCUUCACCCCUAAGCUAUCAUACAGACUGUUACCUCUCCUUUUGUAUAAAUCAUCCUGAAGAACAUUUGAAUCUAGACCAAUCGUGUGAAGGCUUCCUUCUCUCCAUUGUAGCUUCUUUAAGAAUCCACCCUCGGAUUGGGUGAAUGUUGUUACUGACAUUUUCUUUGUUUUAAAAAGAAUUGUUGUGAAGCUUUGUUGGAAAAUUAUUGUUUUUUAGCAUGCCUAAUGUGGUUGGGGAUUCAGUACAUGGACCCAAACACUGGACUCGUUUGCCUGCAAGUUGAAAAAGAGAAAAGGCAAUCUUAAGAAUAUGUUGCAGAAAUUGUUUUCCUGCUUUGCGAUGAAAGCGCGUUUUAAAUUCUACAAGCCUGCCUAUCAGUUAAUGGUGCUUGAAAUCGAAAAAAGAAAGAGUUGGUACAUGUAAAUGAAAUCUAGAAAUUCAUUGGACAAGGUGUUGAACCAAAUCGUCCAAUCAGAAGUUUGUAUUGCUUAGUGCGCUUAAGGUACAAGUAAGUUCUACCUCAGUAGAAGAAAAACAUACAUUGUAGGCCUAUAAAUGUGAAUUUUAUAUUACUACAUGUAGUGUGCAAAUCACUUAAUGGCAUUGGAAAAUGUCAUUUGAAUGCAUUUUACGAGAAUUUUAGUCAUAACGCUAAAACAAUAGGAUACAAAGUGGUUGAUAGGUUGCUAUGUUUCUUUUGCAGAAAUCGCCACAAUAUGGCUGUAAUGUUGCUAAUGUGACAUCACAGUGUAAAGCAAAAAUCAAAGGUCAGCCAUCAUGUGUAGCUCUUUAUUUUGUCUGAUUUUUAGGUUGGUACGUUUUAAUAUUUAAAGAAAAAGAAAAGAAGUAAACAAAUAGUGUGGUGGUUUUGGACCUGGGUUUCAUGUAAUUUAAAUCAGGUUACGUGUAAAAUGUUUGACUAACAAUGACACAAAAUGGUGGAGCUCAUGCAAUGACCUCUUGUGACAGUACAUACAUGUAACUUUAGAAUUAGCCAAUCACGUUGAGGCAUUCACCAGGAUUUUGAUGGAUAGAAGGGGAAUCCACAGGAAAACUAUUGCCUUGUCAACAAACCUGUUUGUGAUUGGUUGAAAACGCUACCCUUGGUAAUGUGCUGGGUACAUGCAUUUGCCUGCUGGUUAAAUUGCUUUUUUGUCUACAUGUACAUGUGACUUGAUUUUAAUUGGAUUGGCCUAGGGUUAAGAAUUGUUGUCAUGAAAGUGAAAUUAUUGUGUCUUUUUAGUUCAUCGAAAAAAAGAAACAAACCAAUAGUGAAAUUGAUAAUAUAUGUUAUGAAGUGGCAUCAUUGCAAGUUUCCAUUUUAGUGGUUAAAUUGCAAAUCAUAUGUUCACUGAACUUCAGCUUUCCUCUAUGUGUGUUUUUACUGUGAAUUCCAGGAAAAUCUGACAUUGGUGUGGAACUAUAAACAUGUAGCACUAUGGGCACAAGCACCCCUACCCUCUACCCCCUCCCCCAAAACCACCGCCAGCAGACCCACACCUUGUCGAAAUAACUUUUCAGAUACCCUCAAAUUUUUAAAAAAAUUUUUCUGUUCCCUAUUUUGAUCUAAAAGUGAGCUUGCUUUUUGCUUUUUAUGUCUAAGGGAAUUCUGGUGGGUUUCCAUAUUUUCUGUUUAUGGGAAUAUUUAUGAGAAUUACAUACCCACCUUCCCAUCAUGAGUCUUGAGCCUUCAAUAUUACCAUGGUGAUAUGCUAAUUCCUUUGCCUGUGCGUUAAUAAAAUAUAUUCACAGGGUUGUGUUAAGACAUGAUUGAGCACUGAAAACAUUGCUAAUGUUGGUGAAGUAUGAAGUAUCUUUGAUUACUUCGGAGUUAAAAAAUUUAAAUAAAUUUUAUCAUGAUUUUAAUUAAAUAUGAAGGUACACGUGUAGAUACAGUACUCACCCCAAAGUGAAUUAUACUGCCUGAAUCUAUCAGUUCUGCACUUUGUUUCAACCUCCAUGUAGGACGCUUCCCAAUGUACAGUUUAUUUGUACAUUAACAAAUGUACACUGUGUUACCUUGUCAGCAGUAUAGUCAAAUGUAUGUAUGCAACUAUGACAAAAAAUAUUGUGAUUAUUAAAAUUACCCAAGUAUGUAAAUA